ACCCCAGCUCGACAGGCCCGAGAGUCUCAGCUGGACUCGGCGUACGAGGAGUGCAAGAAACUAACGAGCGAGUACGCCAAGACGUUCUUCCUCGCGACUCUCGCCAUGGAGCCGCUGCAGGCCAAGGCCACGUGGGCGAUCUACGCCUGGUGCCGGCGAGUCGACGAGAUUGUGGAUGGACCAAAGGCUGAUCCGAACCCGGAGACGCAGAGGAAGCUGCUGGAGGAGUGGAUGGCGCGGCUGGACAGCAUGUGGAGCGACAGGGGAGGGCAGGCGGGUCUUGACUCGUUCGACUUGGCGUUCAAGGACAUGCUGCAGCAGUACCCGGGGAGCGACAUCGAGCCUUACCGAGACAUGAUCCGGGGCAUGCAAAUGGACAUCGACGACAGGCGGUACGAGACGUGGGAAGAGCUGUACCUCUACUGCUACCGCGUCGCUGCUACUGUUGGGCUGAUGACGCUGCCUGUCAUGGGAACGGCCAAGGGAGUGGGAGUCGACGACGCUCGCACGCCUGCUGUGGCGCUAGGGAUCGCGCUGCAGAUCACCAACAUCCUGAGGGAUGUCGGGGAGGAUGCGCGGGACAGAGGGAGGAUCUACUUGCCGAUCGAGGACCUGAAGAGAUUCGGAGUGACGGAGAGGAGCCGGAACGGUGGAGCGGUGGACGAGAAUUACAGAAACCUGAUGAAGUUCGAGAUCGCGAGGGCGAGACAGUACUACAAGGAGGCGGAGGAGGGGAUUGCUCUGUUGGCUCCGGGGGCUCAGCUGCCGGUCGCAGUGGCUGCCGAGCUCUACAAGGGAAUUCUGGAUGAGUUGGAGAAGAACGACUACGACAACUUCAACAAGCGAGCUUUCCUUUCCCGAGAACAGGUAUGA